GUGUGGUGACGUAGGGGUCGGUCGGAGCAACGCGCGCGCGGGGUACGGCCGCCGUUCAUCCGGCACCGGGAAGGCCGGAGCGUGACGACACCGAUACGGGAGAACUGCUUGGAGGUGUCGAUGUCGGUGCUGUCUCAGGAUUGGUGCAUGCCGACUCGGAUUAAAGAGGAGCCAGAAGCCGAGGCAGAGGCGGGUGGAGAGGGGCGAGGUUAUAGGAAGAGGGAGCGCGCGCAUGGACGCCACCUCUGCCCACUCUGCCCCAGGUCGUUCCGUUACCCCUCGCAACUCGCCCUGCACAGAUUCACUCACACCGGCGAAAGGCCCCACCUCUGCAUGGUCUGUGGCCGGGGUUUUGCGGUCCCCUCCAAGCUGCGCUCCCACCAGGUCAUUCACACUGGCUUGCGGCCCUUUCGCUGUGGCCAAUGUGGCCGGGCCUUUUCCCGCUCCUCGGCUCUACUGCGCCACCAACUUGUUCACACCCGCCAACGGCCCCACCCCUGCCCUCAGUGCGGCCGGGCUUUUGGCCAGCCCUCCCAUCUCAAGGCCCACUUACAUACGCACGCCGGGCCCUUCAUCUGUGCCCGCUGCGGCAGGAGCUUUCGCCGUUUCUCCACUGUGAGAGCGCACCGCUGCCGGCCCUCUCCAGACGCCCAGUGGGAGACCAGCUCCCCCAAAUCCAAGCUGCAGCCGUGUGUCUGCUCCCGCCUACAGACACAGGGGAUCCACACCCCCGAAUCCUGGCCGCAGUCCUUUCCCUGCUCCCGGCUACAGACGCAGGGGAUCCACACCCCUAUAUCCUGCUCCCAGGAGAUCGGCAUUCCUGAAUCCCAGUUGCAAAUGCAGGGUCCCUGCAUCUGCCUUCCUCCCCAGCCUCAAUCCCGGUCCUCUGCCUCCACUCUCCACCACCAGUGCCCCCACUGCCCCCGGACCUUCCGCUACCCGUCCCGGCUCUCUCUGCACCUGAGGGCCCACACUGGCGAGCGGCCCUUCCUGUGCGGGCAGUGUGGCAAGCGCUUUGCCGUCUCUUCUGCUCUGCUCCGACAUCGGCUGGUGCACUCCGGUGAGCGGCCUCACCCCUGUCCCGAUUGCGGCCGAGCCUUCUCCCAAUCCUCCCACCUAAAGACCCAUCGCCGCCUCCACACUGGGCCUCGCCCUCUGCCCCUCCUCCCCCCCCAUCCCUGCCCGCACUGCGGCAAACACUUCCGGUCAGUCAGUGGACUCUCCCGCCACCUCCGCUCACACCGCCAGCCCCCCCACCCCCGUCCCGGGACCUGCUGCUACCCUUCUCGGCCUUGGGCCCCACGCCCGUGUCCCCACCUCUGUCCCCUCUGCCCUAGGGCCUUCCGCUACCCCUCCCAGGCUGCCAAGCACCUGCGGGCCCACACUGGCGAGCGCCCCUUUGCCUGUGCCCAGUGUGGCAAGCGCUUUGCCGCCUCCUCUGCUCUCGGCCGCCACCGACUGGUGCACACAGGCGAGCGUCCCCAUGCCUGUGCCCAAUGUGGCAGGGCCUUCUCCCAGUCCUCUCACCUCAAGACUCACCAGCAAAGGGUACAUGGUGUGGAACACAGACGGACAGAACCCCAGUGUGCUUCGAUCUCUUCCUGAUUCCCAGAGUCUGGGGAUGAGGUCUCCCUCCUUAAUCUCCCCUGUCUGCUUUAAAGAGAGAGGGGGGUGGGUGGAGCUGGUUCUAUUCUAUCCAGUGUGGCACUAUUUCAAUCUCGGGGAGUGUUUGGCUGGACUUCACUGCACUGUUCCUGAGUAGGUACAUCUUACCAUACAGUGCAGCUGGGUAGAGUGUGCCUGGGGUUCAACAUUGCUGCAGGAUGUACAUCUCCCUAUAUGGUGUGGUGCUCGUUUGGUACCAGGGAGUGUGUGUCUGGUUGUAGUACUCGGUUUCCUGGGUACCGCACUCCCUCAGUACAAGGAAUUGGAGUGCAUUCCUACGUACACCUCCCCUAAUUUACCAUGUACACAUGGCCACGCGCUCUUUCUUAAAUUAAUGCAAUUAUUUGUAUUAGGGAAGUUAUGCUACAACUGUACCACUGUUCAUUCGAAACAAACUUUCUCACAAAGAAGAGUACUGUUCUGUUUCUAUGAUGUUUGCAGAGGUGGGCGUCCCAGAAAUUGUCACCCCCUCAACUGUGUGUAUGGGGGGGGAAGGUGCUCCCUCAGUGUUGUCAGUGGAGAGGGAGUUUGGUGUUCCCCCUCAUCUUCCCAGGGCAGUUGAGGUUGGAGGGUUUGGAGAGGCAUGUGAGGAAAUAUGGGGCAUUCUGUAGACAACACACACUAAGGUUGCAGUGGACUCAUUGUGGAGGGAGAACACAUUCAGGGUGCCUUGUCCUGGAUGUUGAGGGAUUGUUGGAUCUUUCACUCCAUCCAGGGAAGUGGGGAGUUCCCUCACAGUCCUGACCUGUAGACAGUGGAAGGGUGAUGUGGCGGAUGCUGUGUGCAUAGACUAACCCCAUUGAGGGAAGUGGGGAGUGUUCCCUCACAGUCCUGACCUGUAGACAGUGGAAGGGUGAUGUGGCGGAUGCUGUGUGCAUAGACUAACCCCAUUGAGGGAAGUGGGGAGUGUUCCCUCACAGUCCUGACCUGUAGACAGUGGAAGGGUGAUGUGGCGGAUGCUGUGUGCAUAGACUAACCCCAUUGAGGGAAGUGGGGAGUGUUCCCUCACAGUCCUGACCUGUAGACAGUGGAAGGGUGAUGUGGCGGAUGCUGUGUGCAUAGACUAACCCCAUUGAGGGAAGUGGGGAGUGUUCCCUCACAGUCCUGACCUGUAGGCAGUGGAAGGGUGAUGUGGUGGAUGCUGUGUGCAUAGACUAACCCCAUUGAGGGAAGUGGGGAGUGUUCCCUCACAGUCCUGACCUGUAGACAGUGGAAGGGUGAUGUGGCGGAUGCUGUGUGCAUAGACUAACCCCAUCCAGGGGACUAGGGACUGUUCAGAAAACCCAACUCCUGAAGACACAUAUAAUACCAAGUGCCCCAGAUAGCUGGGCCAUUUCAUUAGAUGCUUAAGGAAAUCCAUCACCUUCCCUUGUAUAUUACCAAUGGAAAUGGCUUCCAAAGCCCAGUACAUAUUCCCAUCACAGUCACAGGAAAAGACAAGAGGUGGAGCUUUCAGAAGACCUGAUUAUUAAAAGCCUGGUAGCGAUGGCGGGCGAGACCGACGUUUAUACUAUUAAACAAUUAAAGAACCUUGAAAUUUUGAAAAAGGUCGAGAAGUUCCAGAAGAAUGGGAGAAGAAGUGCUCCAUGAAGAAUUCAAGAUGGGCACGAGGAUAAAGGUAGACUCAAAUUUGCAAAUCCAUGUGGUGAUCCUGGGAAAUGGAAAAAUGGGCUGGUACAAUUACUCCUCUAACUCUGGGAUAAGUCAGAAGGCAUGGGAUCCAGGGAAGUUUGGCCAGGUGGGCUCAGAAUUGGCUUGCCUGCAGAGGGCAGAGGGUCGUGGUGGAGGGAGUACAUUCAGAUUGGAGGGUUGUGACUAGUGGUGUCCCACAAGGAUCUGUUCUGGGACCUCUACCUUUCGUGAUUUUUAUUAACAAUCUGGAUGUGGGGGUAGAAGGAUGGGUUGGCAAAUUUGCAGACGACACAUAGAUUGGUGGUCUUGUCAAAGAUUGCAGAGAGACAUUGAUAGGAUGCAGAAGUGGGCUGAGAAGUGUCAGAUGGAUUACAACACGGAGAAGUGUGAGGUGGUACACUUUGGAAGGACAAACUCCAAGGCAGAGUACAAAGUAAAUGGCAGGAUACUUGGUAGUGUGGAGGAGCAGCGGGAUCUGGGGGUACAUGUCCACAGAUCCCUGAAAGUUGCCUCACAGGUAGAUAAGUGUAGUUAAGAAAGCUUAUGGAGUGUUAGCUUUCAUAAGUCGAGGGAU